CAUCAGCUGACAACGAGAACCAAAACAAAACAAACCUUGUUUUUAGUUAAUUUAAUUAAGAAAUAACCGAAAAUAUGGCUGUGCUACCACCAGAUCCCGUAUUCAGCCUGCGUUCCCCAGAUAUGGGAGCCGUAAACUCGCUGUGUUUUCAAGACAACGAUCGUUUGUUGGCAGGAACUCUGAAAGGCAGUGUGUUCCUUUGGGAUCUACAGACCAAUCGCUCUGCUCUGCACUUUGAGGUGGGCUCCGAUCCCAUAACCAGCCUGCAUCACACACCUGAUCGCCUGGUGACGCAGGAGAAGGGCGGCACCAUCACAAUGUUCUCCAUUGGCGGCAGCAGCUACGUAAAAGACCGGAGUAUACCAGGCAACCACCUGGGCUACUGCCGCUCAGCCCUGCACACGAGCACCAGCAACACCAGCGAGCAGUUGCUCUUCUAUCCCUGCGAGGAUUCGUCCAUCGGAGUGUUGCAUGUGACGGAUGCAUCGGCUCCCACACAGAUGCUAGUACCGGAGGAUGCUCAGCUGCCCAAACUAGGUAGUGUCACCUGCUUCAAGCCGUUCGAGUGCGCCUCGCAGCUGUUCCUGCUGGCGGGCUACGAAUCGGGUCACUUUCUGACCUGGGACCUCACCUCUGGUGUUAUUUUGGAUGUUUUGGAACUGGCUACCGAUGCCAUGACUGUUGACUAUGACCCGGUGACCAAUCGAGGCAUUGUGGGAGGAGCCUCUGACAAACUUAUUACCUUUAGCUACCAGCGACCCGCCAUGCAGCUGCAGCGCGGCUCAGAGCUGUGCAUCAAGAAUCCGGGCGUCAAUCGUGUCCGCAUCCGUAACGAUCAGAAGGUCUUUGCCAGCGGCGGCUGGGAUGGACGCAUAAGAAUCUUCUCGUGGAAGAGCCUCCGACCGCUGGCCGUGCUCACGCAACACAAGCAGGGGGGCGUAAUGGAUCUGGCUUAUUCCAGCAAGGCGGUGGCCAUGUGGCAGGCACCCAUCAUGGCGGCAGCGGGCAUGGACAGCCAGAUAUCGCUGUGGGACCUCUACAACUGAGCAAAGACUGCAACGGUUUGGAAAUCCUUUAUAUAGCUUUACCUUUAAGUAGAACUUCCCCUAUAAGAAGCCCCGGACUGCAGUUUCUGUUUCAGAAAAGCGUUACUGAAUUUUGAUUGGAUUUUUAUGGCUGAAUUUUCCUUGAAUAAGGAUUAUUUUUGAAUGAAAUGUGAA